AUGGAAGCAAAUCAGACCAUAGAAGGUCCUCAGGCUACCAAGGAUGCAAAAGACCACCCUUCUUUAAAGGACCCUGACCCUGAAGACUUGUACGAGGCCAAUACCCAUGAAACUCCCUCGCAGCUCUCCGACUCGCAGAAACACUUCCAGCCUCCAGAAGUCCAUCUGGAAACAUUUACUUCCCUGAAUCCUGACACCAAGGGCUCUGAGGACCUCUGGGAUCCUUCUGUCUCUGAAACUCUUUUAAAGUCUGGUAUCUCUGGUCUUCUUUCCCCAUCACCCCAAAUAUCUCUUCAGUCUGUGACGUCUCUAGAAAAAGCCAUCGCUGAAAUUCCUUUGGAGGAGCUUGCCUUUGAGACUCUCGUCUCAGAAGUCCAAGAAAAACCUCUUGAGGUCCCAUCAAGAGCCAAUAUCCCUGAGUAUGAGACUCUCAUCCCCGAAGUCCCAAAAGAACCUCUUGAGGUCUCACCAACAGCCAAUAUCCCUGAGUAUGAGACUCUCAUCUCCAAAGUCCCAAAAGAACUUCCUGAGGGCUCACCAACAGCCAAUAUCCCUGAGUAUGAGACUCUCAUCACCGAAGUCCAAAAAGAACUUCCUGAGGGCUCACCAACAGCCAAUAUCCCUGAGUAUGAGACUCUCAUCCCCAAAGUCCCAAAAGAACCUCUUGAGGGCUCACCAACAACCAGUGUCCCUGAAUUCUCCCAUGAGCUUACCUCUGAUACAAUCCCACAGACCCAGGUCCCUGAAUCUGAGCACUUUCAAAAGCAGUCCUUUUCAGAACCUUCAACCCAGGCCAAGGAGGACACACCUACAAAAGAGGGGGAAACCGGGGAAGCUGAGCUGACAGUGGGUACUAGUAAGAUCACUGCAGCCAAGUCUGCGGUCCACGCAAAGAAGAAGAAGGAGAAAAGAGCUGGUGCUACAAGCCGCCCAGUGGUCCCUGCUAAGCGGGCAGAGCUGGUGGAAGUAGCUAAGGCAGUGCACAGAGAGCAAUCUGAUGAUCAGGUGAACAAUCUUUUCCAAUGGGAGAAGAAUUCAGCCCUGAAGGCCAUCCAGACAGGUAUCUACAUUGGCUGGCGCUGCCCGCACUACUUAUGGGACUGUUUCCGGAUAGGAGAUGAGUCCAAGUGCUUUUGUGGACAUUUGUUGAGAGAACACCAGAUCAUCUCAGAUCUCUCAGUGCCCUGCGGUGUGAGCCAGUGCAGGUGCCUCAUGUUUUGUUUUAUCCCGUCACGCCCAGAGGAGGUGGGUGAGUUCUGGCUCAAGAAACGGGCCACCUUCGACCCCAAGGCCUGGAGGGCUCAAUGUCGCUGUAAACACACUCACGAAGAGCACGCAGCCACCGGAGCUCAUCCCUGCAGGCACCGUGGCUGUUUCUGCAGCUCUUUUGAGUCUAAUUUCCUCUGUGCGGCCUGCGACCGGCGCUGGGAGGAGCACGAGACGUUCUUUGAGACUGAGGAGACCAGGCGAAGGGGAAAGAGACCUUAUGGAAUAAACACCGUCAAGAACUGGCACAGGCCUUUCUGA